CUCUCUCUCUCUCUCUCUCUCUUCUCCGUCUUCCUUCUCCCUCCCUCUAUUGGACGGAGUAGGGUUUUAGUUCUACUCUGCCCUGUUCUGUUCUUCUUCCUCCUCCACUUCAGGUAAGUCACCAAUAUUAUCCCCAUUUCUCCACUCUUUACUUCCAUAAACACAUGUUGAAGCAUUUUCAUUACAUGCUGUGAUUGCUGCCUCUGUGUAUUCGUUCUCCUUAUUUCGGGUGCUUAAGUGAAAUUUGUCAAACCCAAUCUUUCAAUGGGAGAUGCAGAGGACACUCUUCCCCCCUCGAAGAAGAGGGCUGCUGGAAGGGAACUGAACAGGGACAAGCUUGACAUUGAAGAGGAGGAGGAUACAUCUGAGAUAGAGUCUGGAACUUUCAAGAGAGCAAGCGAGGAAGUUCUUGCGACAAGAAGAAUUCUCAAAGUUCGUCGGAAUAACAAUCCAGCGACUGCUGCUGCUGCUGCUCAGCCAUCCAAAAAUCCCUUCGCUGGAAUUCGCUUGGUUCCUCCUCCUGAACCAGCUCUCACCCAAGAAGGACAAGCUACUGCUAUUGAAACCAAAGGAAGUGAACAAUCAGAAAGUGAAACUAAGGAGUCGGAAAAUGAAGCUGCUGCACGCAAGGAUGAGGGUGCUGUGGAGAAAAUUGAAGUGAGCAAAGCCCAAGAGCCACAAACUGAAUCUGCUGUGGAGAAAGUUGAAGAAGGCAGAGAGAAUGAACGAGCAGAGAGUGGAAGCAAAGAGACAAAGGUUGAAUCUGCUGCAGAAAAAGUCGAAGUGGGAAAAGAGGCUGAACAAGACACUGAAAUCGAAGCAGCUCAAGCUGAAUCUGCUCCAGAGAAGAAUGCUGCAGAUGAGAGUGAGAAUGAUGAUUUGAAUGAAGCACCCAAAACCGAGACAGAGGAUAAGGCUGAGAGUGAAGUCAAGAAAGAUGAAGAGAACAGUGAUUCUGCUUCUGGUGGCACAUCAUUCAGCUCGUUCCAACAGCUCUCAAGCACUAAAAAUGCCUUCACCGGCCUUGCUGGUACUGGGUUCUCAGGUUCCGCAUUCUCAUUUGGCUCUAUCGCGAAGGAUGGAUCUGCAUCUCCUUUUGGACCCAAACCUGACCAGCCUUCAUUCAGCUUUGGCCUCACUGGCAAUGGCAGCUCUUCAGUCUUCGGGUCAUCUGGGGCUCCAAUAAUUCCCAAGGCUGAAGGAUCCGGGUUUCCCUCUAAGGAAGAGAUUGUGAUUGAGACUGGAGAGGAGAAUGAGAAGGUAGUUUUCUCAGCUGAUUCAGUUUUGUUUGAGUUUACUGAUGGGAACUGGAAGGAAAGAGGGAAGGGUGAAAUCAAGGUGAAUGUAUCCUCCACGGGGACUGAGAAGGCCCGACUCGUCAUGAGGACAAAGGGAAACCUCCGGCUUGUGAUGAAUGCAAGUCUCUAUCCUGAAAUCAAGCUCACGAACAUGGACAAGAAGGGCAUAACUUUUGCUUGCAUGAAUAGCAUUAGCGAAGGGAAGACCAGUCUUUCUACAUUCGCUCUGAAAUUCAAAGAUGGGACCUUCGUGGAAAGUUUCCAGGAGGCAGUCGAAGCACAUAAAGGCAAGGGGAGCGAAGCUCUGAAGACACCUGAGAACUCCCCGAAGGCAUCGGCAGAGUAGAAGGAGGCAUACCUAAGCUGCCCCUCUUUAUUUAACAUCAUAAAGGAAAGGAACAUGUAUCUCAGAGUAGAGUUGUCCAAGUCCUUCAAGGCCUUUGGUGUAGUGGAACUGAGAGGUGUCGGUAAUCGACUCCUUUUUGUUGUUCUAGCCUUUAGGGUGUGUCUCUUCGCCUUUACAAUGUGUCCGGUUUUGAGGAUUUAAUACUCUUAGUUCGAAAGAGAAAAGGUAAACAAGCGAGUCGGUACUUAUAUAACUGAGCUUGACAUUCUUUUCAGGAUUAAAUUUUCGGAACUGAAUGAGUAUUUUAUGUCGGUAAAUUUACAUGCCUGUUGAUACUU